AUGUUUCAAGGCGUGACGGCCUUCCUGGAGGCGGUUGACGAGCGGGCGGAGGAACACGCACGGCAGCGGGCGGUGGCGGCGACGGUGACGGCGACGGCGCCGCAGGUCGAACCGGAGGGAGACGCGGGGUCCGGGGACGGCAGCGAGGGGAGAGCCGUGCACGGCCCGCACGCACCAACGGCGCCCAGCGGAAGCGCCGCCGCGCCGCCGCCGUUCCCGCACCAACCGGCAGCACUGCGUGGCCGCCACGCGGAGGCAAACACGCACGGCAGCAACGCCAGUGGGGGCGGCGGCGCAUCGCCCUUGUCGGCAGCGACGGCGGGGGACAUGGGCGGCACGGCGCAGGGGACGUGGAGCCACGUUGAGGAGGGGGCGGCUGCGGCGACGGCGAUGAUGUUUCAACGCGAGGUGGAGUCCUCGCUCCUGAGGCGAAAAGACGAGGAAAUUGACGCCCUCGCACAAAACGUGCGGCGCCACCAGGCGGCUGCGGAGGCCGCGCGGCAGGAACUGCUGCAGCGCUCGCUGCAGGUGCACCAAUUGGAGGAGUCGCUGCGCACCGUCAGGGCUCGCUUUGAGGAGCAUAAGGCGAAGUCGCGCUGCCUACUGGAGGACAAGCAGCGCGAGUACGACGAGCUUCAUCGCCGUCUUGAGCUGCAGGAGGGGGGAGCUGAGCUCUUGGGCAACGGCGAAAAGGACACUUCGCACGGCGGUGAAGCCGCGGCGGCACGGCAGCGGGAGGAAGAGUUAGAGGGCAUGCUCGCCUCCAUGCAGCGAGAAAAGGAGCGGCUGGAAGCGCAGCUUGCGGCCGGGCGUCGCGAGGUCGACGCCGCACACGAGCAACGACUUGCGGUCGUCCAACAGCUGGACUUUGCGCGGUUGGACUUGCGUGGGGCGCAGGAGGCCCUUGAGAGUGAGGUGGCGGCGCACCAGCGGAGCAGGGCCCUGUUGCAGGGGCGACAACGGGAGUUAAACGAACUGCGGGCGGCGGUGGAGCGGCACGGCGGCACCUUCACCGCAGCCGGCACCCUCGUCGCCUUUCGCGCCGAUGACGCCGGGUCGCGGGACGGGGUGCUUUUCUCCCACCAACUGCUGGAGAAGCAGAACGCACUGGAGGCGGCCAUGCGGGAUGCAGCCGAGUGGCGGCGACGCUGCGAGCGUGCGACGGUUCGGCUUGAGGAGGAGCGCACCACACGCGUAACUGUGACGCAUUCGCAGCAGCUGAUGCGGGACGCGGCAGAUCCCCGCCCGAUGUUCCUCCGGCGCCUCUCCUCCACCGGCAGGUUGAUGUCGGUGGUGGUGGAGUUGACGGCCGCCGUGGAUGCGGCGGCCCUGCGCUUCGGCCGACUGCUGCGUCGGCAGCCUGUCGUGCGCCUUGCCGUCGUGUUCUACAUACUUUGCUUGCAUGUGUGGUUCUUGAUGGCGUUGCUGAUGGUUGAAAGGAGCGCGAGCCUGUCGCGUGCGGCCAACAAAGUCCCCUGA